UUGUUUCAGUAAGUUCAAAUUCUAAAACGUCUUCAAAAUUUUUCGAGUGAUUUGUUAAAGAGUUUUGGAUGAUAAUGGCAUCAUCAUCAUAUGCAAUGCAAUCGAUCUUCGGCAGCCCAGUUCAGGGCCGACAUACUCCCAGAACUAAACAGUUUUUGACUCCAACCACCUCUUAUGCCGGCGUAGAAAUGGUGGCCUGCUGAUAAGAUGCAUGGCUGACCAGGAUGAUGGAUCUGCCUCGACCACCUCUUCUCCUCCACCUAAGACAUCUAAAUCUCCUGCUCCUGCUCCUGCUCCUGCUCCUUCUCCAGCUGCUAAGCAUAAGGUUAGCACCAAAUUCUCGGAUGUACUUGCAUUUGGUGGUCCAGCACCGGAGAGGAUCAACGGGAGGCUAGCGAUGAUCGGGUUUGUUGCUGCGAUGGGAGUGGAGUUAAGCAAGGGUCAGGAUUUGUUUGCGCAGAUAUCCAACGGUGGGAUCCCAUGGUUCCUUGGGACAAGCAUUGUGCUGUCGCUGGCAUCUCUGAUCCCACUGUUUCAAGGAGUGAGUGUUGAGUCCAAAUCAGAAGGGUUGAUGACGUCAGAUGCAGAGCUUUGGAAUGGCAGAUUUGCCAUGCUAGGUCUCGUUGCUUUGGCCGUCACUGAAUACGUCAAAGGGGGCACCCUCGUCUAAUCACUUUAAUUACAUUCCGUUUUCCUAGCUGAUGCAGUUUUAAUGAAAUUAAGCAGAUGUAGUGAUAUCUUAAUGAACGCCUCUUCUAAUACACUGUAUAAUCUUAUCAGCUUAAUUAAAGACUAAUAGUCACCGGCAAUUCUGCA